GACGACGGACUGGAACUCGUCAACGACUGUUGGGCUGGCUCUGAGAGAGAGCAUUUGUAAUACAGCAGUUACCAUGGCGGAGCCACGAAUAGAUGUGGACGAUCAGGACCAACCAUUAUCUUCGAUACAGUCGGCUGGUGGGCAGUCCCUAGUCCGCCAGCUCCUCGAGAUCCAGACCGCUACUAUCGAGCAAUCGAAAUCACUUCAUUUCAUCCAAAACCUCGACUGUCUGUAUCUUGAUAAAACCCGAGACCGAAAACGCCCCCCACAAACCCGCGAUUCAGCAUCUGAAGAUGAUCGCCCUGUGUGGCUCCGCAAAAGCGGCCUGAAUGCCAUCAAAGACCUGGACUAUGUAGCUGUGUCUUGGACAUGGGGAGCUUCCGAGCCAUACGAGGAUUCUACAGCCGGCCACCAUCUAGUACAACUCUCUAAUGGGAAACGCGAACCUUCUGGGGUCCGCAACCGGGUCUUCGACCGCAUACGGCGAUACCUGAAAGCCCAGCCUGGCCUGCAAUACGUAUGGAUAGAUAUGCACUGCAUCUGCCAGGAGCCGGGCCCAGAGAAGACUCGGGGUAUGCAGGCAAUGGAUAUGGUCUACAAGCUGAGCAAUCACCCCAUUGCUCUGCUAGCGCGACCGAUCGAAUCGCACGAAGAGCUUUGCCUUCUCGCAGACGUUCUCCAGGGCAAUUUUGUGUCAAAACAUGCUUCUGGAGAGUUCCGCUUAAGUUCCUUCGCAGAGAGCGCCCUGGAAAGGCUUCGUAGAGCAUUGUCCCUUCUCGACGCCAUAACCUCCGAUCUUUGGUGGACAAGAGCCUGGACUUUCCAGGAAAACUAUCGUUGCGAUGGACAAAUGACACUACUCAUCCCUCAUCCAGAAGAUGGUGAAAUAUUCAGGGAGAAGACAAAGAACGAGAAAAUUUUCGGUAACGUAGUGGGCGACAUAUCGAUCUCAUCCCGAAAGUUCCAGACGGAAUCCACAAAGCUAUGCAAAGCCUGCAUAAUUGCUGAGCGGAAUGACGGUAUUCCCGGUCUGUCCGGUGUUGCCGAACGGAUUCUUAAAACAGCUCCCAAUUACGAGUUCCUAUUACGGGAGGCCAUACCCGGUGGACAAUUGUCGACCCGCUGGUCACAGUCGCCGAGGAUCAUAAAGGAUAUUGAGUCCCGCGGCAGCAAAUUUUGCCACGACAGAUUGGCCAUAGUCGCAAAUUGCUGCCAGUACUCCAUCAGGCUAGAUGAUGCCAUCUUGCGGCAAGGAUCCCACAGCAUGAGCCUGUCUAUGCUCGCACUUUAUCUCUUAAAUGGAGAGAUCAUGGAAAACGCCUGUGGAGGAAAGGGGAGCCGUCUUUUGGCGAGAUGUCGGGGUCAAACAGUCGCCGACUUCAUCGCAGAGCAGUCCUUUGCUAAUUUCUGUCCACCUGUGCUGAGACGUCCUCUUUUUUACAACAACGGUUGCCGAUUCAUCAACGUUCAGCUGACUGAAGAGGGGUUGAAGACUUCUGGCCAUAUCUGGAAGCUCUAUCGCACCUUACCCACGGAGCAAUUCGCUCUUCCAGCUUCAGAGAACCGAAUACACCAUAGCCACUGGAGACGCCGAACACAUAUCGCCAGGCGGCUUGCCGAGCUGCGAGAUGCCUUCCACGAGCUUGAAUAUGACACACUCGUGCAAAAGCUAGAAGAGUUUCUUGAAGCGAACAUGCGACCCAAGAAGAAGGAUUUCUUUUCCGGAAAGUACAUGUGGACGAUGGCCAAGAUGGUUGUGGCUGCAAUGGACGCGCAGAAGCCACUGGUGCUCGGUGGUCUGCUUGAUCACCAGCAGUUCAAUUAUACUGGAAUCUUCGUGCUGGAAGAUCUUGAAGAAGAGGGAUAUGAUGAGGAUAAGGAUGAAGAUGAAGAUGAAGAUGACUGCUUCCAAGAUGAAGAUGCCUACGUCGGUUUCUUCACUGACAGCGACAAUGAUGAUGCAAGCGACUCAGGAGAAAGUGGAACGCAAGAAGAUGAUGACGAUGAAGUGGAGAUUGGGAGCUUAUCCAAGCCUGUCUACAUUUUCACCUCCUCUAAGCCGAUGAAGGAGUCUUCAGAGAACCUGUAUCCAAACGACAUUGACAAACACGUGUCAAUUGAGGUACACGGAGACAACUUGGAAUCGAUAGGCUUUCAAGACGAGCCUGGGCCUAAGCUACUUAUUGAACGUUGGGUGAAUGGGCUUUGUUUCUUCCAGAACCACUCCCGUCGGUCGGUAGUUUUCCCAUGGCAUCCUGCGUUGAGAAGAGGCUCUCAUAGAUAA